CUGACAAUCUUCUUAAAAUGGCCUUGAUUCUACUGAGAGCUAGAGCAAACAUUCCAGUGGUUAUAUGUGGAGAAGCAGGUUGUGGAAAGACAAGCCUUAUUGGCUUUUUAGCAGCCGUUGUGGAAGUCAAAUUUAGGGUACUUUCACUUCACGCCGGUGUACAAGAAGAUCAAAUUCAUGAAUUUAUGGAAACAAGCACUCAACAUGCCAAGAAUGGCCAAGUAUGGUUAUUCUUUGAUGAAAUCAACACAUGCAAUCACAUUGGACUCCUUGCAGAUCUAAUAGCUCAUAGAAUUCUGUCGGGCAGACCGAUACAUUGGAAUAUUCGUUUGUUUGCUGCAUGUAAUCCUUAUCGGCUUCGCAAAAAAAGUGAAAGUAGUGUAGGUUUAGAAAAAAAUUACCAAGAACAGAGUAAAUUGGUCUACCAAGUACACCCUCUGCCCAAUCAAAUUUUAGAUUAUGUAUGGGAUUAUGGCAUUCUCAAGCCUGAGGAUGAAAGGGAAUAUAUUAAGAUAAUGGUAAAAAGUCAGAUAGGUAUAUAUCCAGUACUCGUAGAUCUCCUUAGUGAGUCACAGAAAUUCAUUCGCAAUGUUGAAGAACUAUACACUGUAAGUUUGCGAGAUGUAAAAAGGGCGAUCAAACUGGUUAAAUGGUUUCAAAAGAGCCUAAAAGAACGAUCACCAGUCAUACGAGCUAAUAGAAUUUCUCUCUUUAUGAAACAUUGGAGCUAUCCACCAAAAGACAAUAAAAAAUUGAUACGCUGUAGUUUUGUUUUAUCACUUGGACUUUGUUAUCAAUCACGUUUAUAUGAUCAAGAUUUACGAAAAAAAUAUCGAGAAUGCAUGUCACGG